CUAAAUAUCUGUGUAGAUUUCGGCUAUUAAAUUAUCAUGAAAAUAUAUCACAGAAGUUCUGCGGGAUGCAAUCUUUAUCUUUAAUGCUGGAAAUCCAAAUUUAGAAGUGGUGCUCAACAGGUGUCUUAUGCAUGUUUUGUGUUGUUCCUCACAAGCCCACCUGGCUGUGACUCUGUGAAUGUGAGUGAAUACCUCCAAAUUCAUCUCUACUUGGUGGGGUUAUUCUAGUAUCAUGAGUUCUGUUUUCUAAAUCUUUCAGCUUGUCUGGCUGGCUGUGUAUUCAAAGUUAGGAAGAUGUUGGACCACCAAAUUACAGAAGACAAGUAGUUUUGAGAAUAAGACUAGGUUCACUCUACUGGUGCCUGCUUUUAUUUGGUUGUGUUUUGGGGGCAUGGCAACUUCUGCCAAAGAAGACUUGGAGGCUCAAAAUAAUCAGAAGCCUCUUGAUAGAGCUGUGUCACACAGAAAUUCUACAAUCAAGAACCAGAAAUCACUUGAAAGAGUCGUUUCACAGCGAGCUUUUCAGAUGAGUAAUUCAUACCCGUGUCAGCUAUGUGUGUUGGGUUUUCUUUGUGGGGUUUGUAUCACCACUGUGUUUCUGGCUGCUCUUACCUCUUUUGGUACUCUCGAAUUUGGUUCAGUCUCCAUUUCCACAUUCACUACUGGCCCUCUGUCAUCAGAUUUUGGCUCAAGAGUUGGGGAUGUUGCGCAGAAGGUAUCAGCACUGGAUGUAGAAGAAAAGUUUUACUCUGAGAAGAAUAGUGAACUUUCAAUUGAUGAAAGAGUGACCUUUAUGUACUCAAGUUGGAGUACUUUUCUAAAUAAAUCACUUGAGGACUUCAAACUUCUAAAUAGUAAUGGAUUAGGCUUACCUGAUCCCCCCAAUCCCAAAGCUCCUCAUUUAGAAAAUUGCAAACUGAAUGCGGAGGUAAAUCAGCAACUUGAUGAACGCAUGAAAAAUAAGCUGCUACCACCAUGGACAAUAUGGAAGGGGACGUUAAACAAUUACCUUCUCUCGUCUGCAGAAGAGCAACUGAGGAAUUACAACUAUCGGCCAAUACCUGGAGCUUCUUAUCCUCCAUGGAUCACAGGAUCAGAUGAAGAAAAUUAUCCUCUAACUAGGAAAGUGCAAAGUGACAUUUGGUUCCGCCAACAUCCCUCAAACUGCAGUGAUCCUAGCGUAAAGUUUCUUGUAGCUGACUGGGAAAGACUUCCUGGAUUUGGGAUUGGAGCUCAGUUCGCUGGCAUGUGUGGGCUUCUCGCUAUUGCAAUUAAUGAAAGAAGGGUACUUGUCACAAAUUACUAUAAUCGUGCUGACCAUGAUGGCUGUAGAGGAUCAUCACGCUCGAGCUGGUCAUGCUACUUCUUUCCCGAGACAUCCCAGGAAUGUCGGGAUCGUGCAUUUCAGCUCAUGGGAGAGAAGAAAGCAUGGGAAAAAGGAACGAUAACUACAAAAGAAAAUUAUACCUCGAAGGAUAUAUGGACUGGACGUAUUCCCAGGGUAUGGGGUUAUCCUUGGAGUUAUAUGCAGCCAACAACAGAAAUUAAUGGUAGCCUGCUUUCACAUCAUAGGAAAAUGGACAGAAGAUGGUGGAGAGCACAGGCCAUUCGCUAUCUUAUGAGGUUUAAGUCGGAGUACACAUGCAACUUACUGAAUGCAGCGCGGCAUGCAGCAUUCGGAUUGGAAGCUGCCAAACUGGUUCUAUCAUCACGGUCUGAAAAUUAUUCAACGAGCACUUCUGUUUCAGAUAGGCAUAAGGCUGACAUAGAAGAUUAUGUAUGGUCAAAUCAUAAGCCAUGGAUGCCACGACCAUUGCUGAGUAUGCAUGUAAGAAUGGGCGACAAGGCAUGUGAAAUGAAGGUUGUCGAAUUUGAGGAAUACAUGCGUCUUGCGCAUCGCAUCAGAAAUCGCUUUCCCCAUCUCAAUAGUAUCUGGUUGUCCACCGAAAUGCAGGAAGUUGUUGACAAGUCCAGGUCAUAUCCUCACUGGAAGUUUUACUACACAAACGUUACGCGGCAAGUAGGAAACAUGACAAUGGCAACAUAUGAAGCAAGUCUUGGCCGACAAAUCAGCACCAACUACCCUUUAGUUAAUUUCUUGAUGGCUGCAGAAUCCGACUUUUUCAUUGGCGCAUUAGGUUCCACAUGGUGCUUCCUCAUUGACGGCAUGCGGAAUACAGGAGGGAAAGUAAUGGCCGGUUACCUGAGUGUCAACAAGGACCGUUUCUGGUAGAUCUCAGGUAGCUGCUGGUUAUUGUCUGUAUAUAAUAAGUAUAACUGUAUAAGCACAUGUAUAGAAAAUAGGCUGAUGUAAUAUAAUUCAAAGUUUAUACUACAUGCUUCUGUUUCUAGUUCUGUUAGCUUGAAUGGAGUAGUCAGCAUGCAAUGGAGCUCAAUAUUAUAAAGCAUGUCCAAUGGAGUUUAAUCUAUUUUCAUCUUAUAUUC